AUGGGCUGUAACCCACGGAAUAUUGCAAGAUUUGCAAGGAGGAGAGAUGUUGUUGACCUUAUUGACAAGCACUAUAUCAAGAUAUUGCGGAGCUCGGAUAUGGAAUGUCUAAUUGAGAUGGCAGUUUGUGGUUAUGACAGUUUGAUGAUCACACACAAUUACAGGGAUACAUUUAUAUAUGCAUCAGGCAAUGAAUCAGAUGAAGUUCUGAAGUUUACACAGUGGCUGCCAACCUUCCAGGAAGAGGUGAAGGAGAUACAGGAUGUUAUAAAAGAUGGUGCUUUGAGAGAGAUGAGAAGAGUCUUUGAGUAUUCUCACACACCAGAACUUAUCAUUAGAACCAGGGAUAAGGCCAUGAGGACACCCCUCAUGUUAGCAGUAUUGUAUCAAAGAGAUGAUGUAGUGCAGUUCUUUCUGAGCUCACCAUAUGAUGUUGAAAUAGAUGGCCAAGAUUGUUGUAACAGGACAGCCUACCAUUUUGCUUGUUGUUCAACAUCUGAAGUAGGUAGAAAGAUACAAGAAUACUUGAUAGAUGCUGGAGUUGACACAACUCUUCAAGAUGUGAGAGGAGAGACAGGUGAAGAGUUUGGAACCAAACGUGGCCCGGAAUUUUUAGAGAAAGAAAGGAAAGCUUGUUACGGCAUGGUCCAAGAACUGGCAUGCGCUGAUAAAGUAUGUUUUUGUAAAAGAUUUAUAUCCCUUGUUACUCAGAGCACUUUUUAUGUUGAUUUUUAA